GUCAGUGUGAUAAGAAACCUGAACACAGACAGCAUUCUAGAAUCAAAAUCGGAGGCAAAAUAUGUAUCUGUAAUAAGCUUCAUGCCAGGUCAGUCAGCGUUGUCAGCAGAUUAUGAAGUAACCUCACUGGAGGCAGAGCCAAAAGAAGAAACUGUUAGUCCUGAGAAUUCCAGUGAAGGAACAUCUUCUGUUCCUCAUCCAGAGGCUCCAGCCAAAGCAGAAGAGGUGUCUGUGCCAGAGAGCACAGAGGAGGUAUCUUCUGAUGACGAACAGAAUCGCAAAGUAAAAGGGAGUUAUUUCACUUCUGACAGUAGCCAAAUGGAUAUAUGCCAUAACUCUUCAGGUUCAGAGGUUUCUACCACAGAAGUACAACAAACUGUCAUUCCAAGCAGCUGUCUCAAGUUUUCUGGCUAUGACAAGCCUCACGUUCCAUUAGAUCUGUUGAUAGAUGUUGGUGAAGAACAGCCUGUGAUUGCUUACAGGCCGACUGACUAA